AAAGCUUACCAAAGUCAGUGAAUCAAAGCCCUAAAGAAUGUACAGUUAGAAUGUGCGAGACUUGAAUCAAAGUUUUAUGAAGAAGUACAGGCACUAGAGUGCAAGUAUGCGGAUUUAUAUGUGUCCUUUUUUUUUGAAAAACGAAGAUUCAGGAACAUGAUCCUUAAAGAUCUUACAGAUGCUAAAGUGAAAUUAUUAGAAUCUAAUCCAAUGGGUUUUACAUUAAAGUUCCAUUUUAAGCCAAAUUAAUAUUUUAGUAAUACAUUACUAACCAAGGAUUAUGAAAUGUCAGAUGAAGAUGAUCCUUUUGGAUUUGAAGGACCUGAAACUUUUAAGUGUAAAGGAUGUAACAAUGAAGACCAUCAAAAUGAUUCCUUCUUUAACUUCUUCACCCCUCUUACAGUACCAUCGGAUGACUAACAGUUGGAUGAAGACACUCAAGGUCUCUUCGCAGCAGAUUUUGAAAUUGGUCAUUUUAUUAGAGAAAGAAUUGUUCCAAAAGCUGUUUUGUAUUUCACUAGAGAGGCCUUACAAGAUGGGGAUUUUGAUGAAGAAGAGGAAGGUAAAGAGGAGAACACUGAAGAUGAGGAAAAAAGAUGAUGACGAA